AAUACAAGCCCGGUGGCGCCAAACGUUUUAAACGAAGCUGCAAGAUGUCUCCGCCCCUCCUUCUCUCUCACGAGCCAAUGGGAAACGAGAUUGCGAAGAAUAGGGUGGAGCCCCGUCCGAACGAAGGAUGGAGAGCGGGGAGAAUUCUCAAGUUGGAAGCGAAGAAGGAAGUUUGGCGGCGGGGUUCGUGAGGGCUGUGUCGUCCGAAGUACGUAGAAUGCUAAAAAUGGUAUCCCAGCAUAUAAACCAGCAUAAUGUUUAAUUGAACAAAUGUAUACAAGGCUGAAGCUAAUAGUGGCAGUAUGAAUAAAGAGAACAAGGAAAAUCAGUGUUUUGGAGUGCGUGGAAGCCCAGUCAAAACUCCUCUAAAACAAACAGUUACCCCCAAUUGGCUUUUGGCAGAGAUCCAGCCUACUGCUUCUGACCAUCUGACAACACCACCAAAGCCCAAUGAAAGCACUUCUGGCGAUCCAUGGACCCCAACCGCUAACCUUAAAAUGCUGAUUAGUGCGGCUAGUCCUGAGAUUAGAAAUCGAGAACAGGGGAAGAAAAAAUGGUCAGAUGAUAAAAGUGAAAGCCUUGAGGAUCAUCUGUCAGGAGAUGAAUAUGAAAAGCCUCAAACAAGCCGUAAAGAGAAAAGCCUUGGAUUGCUGUGUCAUAAAUUCUUAGCCCGCUAUCCUAGUUAUCCUAACUUUUCUAAAAGUAAUGAAAUAUGUCUUGAUGAGGUAGCAGAAGAUCUCAAUAUUGAGCGCAGGCGUAUCUAUGACAUAAUGAAUGUAUUAGAAAGUCUUCACAUGGUGAGCCGACUUGCCAAAAACAGAUAUUCCUGGCAUGGCCGUCAUAAUCUUAAAAAAACACUGCAGGCUUUGAAAAAAGUAGCAGAGGAAAACAAGUACUUGCAACAAAUCAAAUUGACUAAACAAGGAAAAAAUGGACAAGAGAUUGGAAAUACUGGUCACAAUAUUGAAUGGAUGCCAAUGCAUGCUAGGUCAAGUUAUGAUACAGACUUUGUGGAACUUCCUAGGAUGGAACUUCAAGCAGCUUCAGUAAAUAGUCGUAAAGACAAAUCUUUAAGAGUGAUGAGCCAGAAAUUUGUAAUGUUGUUUCUUCAGUCAUAUCCCCAAGUUGUGAGUCUUGAAGUUGCUGCUAAAAGUUUGAUUGGCAAAGACCAUUGUGAAUCACUGGAUAAAAGCAAGUUUAAAACUAAAAUUCGAAGACUAUAUGAUAUUGCUAAUGUUCUCAGUAGCCUUGAGCUCAUCAAGAAGGUUCACAUUACGGAAGAGAAGGGCCGCAAGCCAGCAUUUAAAUGGAUAGGACCAAAUGUUUUUUCUGUUAUGAAAGAUGCCCAGCCAAAACUGGAUGCAAUACCAAUUCCUGUGGAAGACAAACCUUUUAAAGAGUGUUGUUCUAAGAAUCUCUUCCCUACUAAUAGCAAACCAAAUUUCACACGGCAUCCGUCUUUGAUAAAACUGGCAAGGAAUAAAGAAAAUGAUGAGAGAAAGAGUCAUUCAGCUCCAGGCAGCCCUGUCAAAAAAUAUUUAGGCUCAAAUCCUUCAACUAUUUCAAGCAAGAUGGCUCAACUUGCAGCAAUAUGCAAGCAACAAUUAGAUGAACAAUCAAGCGAAUUUGAAAAGAGAAAAAAGAAAUUGGAGAACACUUCACCUUCUGAAUCUUGUUUGAAGCCCAAAGCAAUCUUGUUGCCUUCUCAAGCGGCAAACUUAUCCCCGACCUCCAACUCAAUACUUCUCCCUGUCCUUUCUACUGUACCACGUGCAGCAUAUCUGAAUCCGUCCCAAGUAGUGACAACAUACCCAAAUUACAUGGUAUAUCCUGUUUCUACUACUCAUGUGACUAAAAUUAAGACUCCCGUGGAAGCUCUUACUGAAACAUUUACUAAAGACAAUUUUAAUGAUUGGAAAAAAGCUGAAGAGCUGCCACUCUGGCAAACUAAAGAACCCAGUGAAACAACAGAUGACAUGAUAUCUGGGAAAUGUUUUAAAAGAUCUAAAUUGCGAUUAGAUGAUAGUCCAAUUAAAAAAUGCAAGAGUAAAAAAUUGGAGCUUCAAGAUUCACUGCUGCUCCCCAGUGAAGUUACUAUAUCCAGUAAGGGGAAAACAGAGUUGUGUGCAGUGGAAAAGAAAUCCUACAAUUCUCCUAAUCUAGGUCGAAUUCCAGUGACAUCUAAUUUCCCUACUUUUCAUAUAACACCUCUUAACCUAAUACUACCACCACCUUCUGUAGCAACCACAUCCUCAGGGAAUGGGGCCGUUGAAUCAGUCCAUGUUAACCCUAUCCCAUCUCAGAGCACCUUAGUUCUGAACAUUAUGCUACAACAGUUAGGAAUGAUGCCAGGUAGUGUACAGAUGUCUGCAGAUCACGUACAUCGAUCUGCUUUCAUUUGUCAAGGAGCAGAACAUGUUAGUCCUGUUCCAGUAAGUGUAGGAUUGCAGCAAGCUACCGUAUUACUAAGGGAUUACCGAGAUUUGCAUGGAGAAUUGGUUCCAACCACUCCUCAGGAGACCAGUGUUCCUGUGACAUUCAAAGAUUCUAAGAAAGGCAAUGAAAUGUCAAGUGAUCCAAGCCUAGAUCCUGGCUCUCAUUGAUUGUCUUAUGAAUCAGAAGGAAUUUUCCCAGAAACAUUGCUAAUGCUGAAGAAUACUUGGUGGAUCAACAGAAUAUACAUACUGCGUCCCCAGCUUCAAUAAAUAUAAUUGCAAUACUAAAUGCCACAGUAAUUCUUUGUUGUAAAUUUGAUAUUUUAUCAUGUCAAUGUAAAUUAAAUGCAAUAUAUAAUUUAAUGUUUAUUUAAUCCUUUAAAUUAAUAAUUGAACUUGAUUUUUUAAAAGUUUUCGUGAUAAAUGUUCAAAUUAUUUCAUAAUCGGUAUCUUCUGCCUUGUUUGUGUUAAUACCUCCCUAAAUUUUGUUUCUAGAUACAAAUAUUGUAAGUUCUGCCUGAAAUCUCUAGGGUUUGGGACAAUUCUAUGGAUGAUUGGUUAACUAUCCUUUGGGGCUUUUUUCAACAUGUUUUAAGUAGUUGGAUGUUAACAGUAUGCAAUAGCUUUAUGAGUUAUUUCUGUUUUAUUUCAUGAAAUAUCUUGCUUCUUUAACUCCAGCAAAUUGUCCUUAUUGUGAAUAAGGAAAAAAAAUACAGUAAUUGCUGUUUGUUGCCAUAAUAAUGUAAAAUCAGCUACAGAUCAAAAAGUAUUUCCUUGAAAGUUACUAUUCUGGUUCUGGCUCCUAAACAGAAAUGCAUCUGCAAUUUCUCCCCUGUUUGUAUUGUAUGACUUUUGUAAUAUGUACUUCAGCCUUGAUUUAUUUCCUGCUGCCUAUCAUGCAAAUAACAUUAUUAAUUAUCUAGUUUGGUUGAGUUCUUUUAUGAAGAUAUAUGAUCUUGUGACUGAUGAAGUCAUUUUUGGGACUGAGGAAGUCAUUUUUCAUAUGCUUCUUUCAAUCAUUUGUAUGAUACGUGUAAUCUUCAUUUUGAUUAACUCAAAUACAUGUGGUCCUUGACUUACGACAGUUCGUUUAGUGACUGCUCAAAAUUACAACGGUACUGAAAAUGUGACUUAUGACCAUUUUUCACACAACCCAUUGCAGCAUUCCCAUGGUCAUGUGAUCAAAAUUCAAAUGCUUAAAACUGACUCAUGACAGUUGCAGAGUCUCAGAGUCAUGUGAUCACUUUUUGUGAUCUUUUGACAAGCAAAGUCAAUGGUGAAGCCAGAUUCACUUAACUACCAGGUUACUAACUUAACAACUGCAGUGAUUCACUUAACUGUAGCAAGAAAGAUCAUAAAUGGGGCAAAAUUCAUUUAACACAUGCUUCACUUCAUUUGUGGUUGUAAGUUGAGGACUACCUGUAACUGCAUCUGGCACUUUCUAUCAUUUUUUAAAGUCAGUCUGUAUGUCCACUUAGGACUAUAGUAUAGAUGAUAUUAUUUAGGUACUUAUCUGUUUUACUUGGGGAAAAGAUGUAUGUAAUAGCAUUCUGGUGAUUCUUACUGUAAUACAUCAGUCACUUGCAUAGUGCAUUUUGCCAGCUGAAAUUUUAUAUCUGAUGCAAGUAAAUACACUAUCCAAGUUUGGAAAAUAUCAUAUGAAAAAUUGUCAGAUACAUAUUCCUAGAUAGAUAAAUAAAUAAAAAUUAAAAGAAAAAUCUUAUAUAUAACUAGACAUAUCUUGAACUCCUUAAAGCCGGGAUGGUGAACCUAUGACACGCGUGCCAGAGGUGCCAUGCAGCGCCCUCUGAUGGCACACGAGCGUCACCCCAGUUCAGCUCUGCUGUGCAUGUGUGCACACCUUCCGCCAUCCAGCUGGUCUUCGGGUCUCUCGGGUGCAUGUGGGGGGCCAUGCGAGCAUGCACGGGGGAAGGGUGCAUGCGGGGGGGAUGGCGCGCUUUUGGCACUCGGUCCAGAAAAGGUUAGCCAUCAGUGCCUUAAAGUAUAACUUAAUUGUAUAUAGUUAUAUGAUUUCUAUUCUUUGCUGCAAUUCUUUGUACUUGGGUCCAGGAACUCAAUGGGCUUGUUUUGGAGUAGACAUAUAUGAGAUUGUUGGGCUAAAAAUUACCUUUAAAUGUACAUUUAGACGAACAAGAAUAGAUGCAUAAUCCUUAAUAAGCCUAUCAGAUACAAUAUUCUGUUUACAGGGAGAUUCCAAAAAGACAUUAAUCCUCUCACUUGGAUUCUCUAGCAGUUGGUAGUCAGAUCACUGCUAGAGCCAAUAUAUAACCAACACGAUCAGAAGCCAGUGUCAUCCUCCGUGAAUAUCUGUAGGAGAUGUCCAGUCUGGGCCUGGGGGAGGUGUCAAGUGCAUCAUCGGUCUCGAGUCACUUCACACCCACAAGCGAUCCAAGUCCAGCCCACCUUGAAUUCCAGGACUUUUAUCCACCGCCAAUUUGUUUUAAAUGUUAAUAGUUCAGAUUCCUGUAGAGAGCUUUAGUGUGCAAUAAACCUAUAUAUUCAUUUGAACAGCCUGGAAUCCAGAUUUCCUGCGCUUGACAAUAUCUCUUCUUUCAUUGUUCCUAGUAUGGUAGUCAACAUGAGUAAAUAUGAACUAAUGGAGACUUAAUAAUUCUUCCUAGCUCUUCAAAUAUCCCUGCAGAUGCUCCUUAAUAGAUCACUGAAUGAUCCAUUUUAUUUUGGAAUUAGACUAUGUACUGUAUUUCAUUUUAUUGAUAAGGUUGCAUGACUAAUCAUUCAAUAAACUACAUUUAGUUUAGGCUUAAUUUAUGAGGCAAGAUUAUGCUCUCCAGAUGUUUCGUACUUGUCUCUCAUUAUUUGUCAUGCUGGCCAGAGCUGAUUGGAAUUAAAGGGUAUUAAGUUGACUCACCUGUUUUAAUCUGU